AUGCACAAACCAAAUCCACUAUUUCCAGAUAGUAUAACUCCAUCUGUAAUUAAUAAACCUGUUGAGUUCAAUAAUCCAACUUAUACCUAUCUUAAUUUAAUUGUUGAUCGUGCAUUUACUGAUCCAAAUACAGAAAAAAAUUACAUUGCAUUUGGAGUGACAGUUACAUUAAAUUAUCUAGAUCCUUCAAAAGACAUCAAUUUGGUUCAAAACGAA